GUUGAAGUUGAUGGAUGCAGUUUGACCAUCGAUGAUCUUGUGCUCCUUGGUAGUGGACAAGCGAAGCUUGUCGUCUCUAAUUUAGCGCUACAAGGAAUAUCAAAAGCUAGGGAAUUCUUAGAUGAGAUUGUUAGAUCAAAGAAAGUUACUUACGGUGUAAAUACGGGAUUUGGAAAAUUUGCUAGGACCAUCAUCAGUGAUAAAAAUCUGAUUGAAUUACAAGAAAAUCUCAUCAGGUCUCAUGCUGCAGGUGUCGGUAGAGCCCUAUCAAUUGAACAGACCAGAAUGCUAUUUGCUUUACGUAUCAAUAUUUUGUCAAAAGGUUACAGCGGAAUCAGCGCGGAAAAUGUCUUACGAAUGGUAGAUAUUUUUAAUGCUGGCUGUAUGCCUCUAGUGCCAGAACAAGGAACAGUUGGUGCUAGUGGUGAUUUAGCUCCGCUUUCACAUCUCGCAUUAGGAUUGCUUGGUGAAGGUAAAAUGUGGAGCGCUCAAACAGGAUGGGCAAAUUCCUCAGAGGUCCUAAAAUUUCAUGGUCUUAAGACGGUCAAUCUCGGACCUAAAGAGGGAUUGGCAUUGAUCAACGGCACUCAAUUAAUAACUUCUGUUGGAUGUACUGCUGUUUACCGUGCCCAAAGGAUUGCUCGUCAAGCAGAUAUUGUAGCUGCCCUCACUUUAGAAAGCCUGAAAGGAAUUGUUAAAGCUUUUGAUCCCAAGCUGCACGCUGUUCGGCUCCAUAAAGGUCAAAAUGAAGUUGCGGCUAGAUUAAGGGCCGUCUUACGUUCUUCUAUGUACCCAUCUGGAUUAACAAGCGAUGAAAAUGAUUACGCGCGUGUUCAAGACUGUUAUUCCCUACGGUGUAUACCGCAAGUACAUGGGGUUGUUCAUGAUACGAUAAAAUUUGUUAGCGAAACAAUAACAAACGAAAUGAAUAGUGCCACUGAUAACCCUAUUGUUUUUUGGAAAAAUCGAGAAAUAAUAUCUGGAGGAAAUUUUCACGGGGAAUAUCCUGCAAAGAUGUUAGACUAUCUUGCAAUUGGCGUUCACGAACUUGCAAAUAUUAGCGAACGAAGAAUUGAGAGGAUGCUAAAUCCUGGACUGAACGAUCUUCCUGCUUUUCUUGUUAAAGAGGGCGGCCUAAAUUCCGGUUUUAUGAUUGCUCACUGUACUGCAGCCGCGUUAGUUUCGGAAAAUAAAGUUCUAACCCAUCCUUCGUCCGUUGAUUCCAUUUCAACUUCUGCUGCCCAAGAAGACCAUGUAUCAAUGGGAGGUUUUGCUGCUAGGAAAGCAUUACAGGUAGUUGAGCACGUUGAACAGGUUGUUGCUAUUGAAUUGCUCGCUGCUUGUCAAGCAAUCGAUUUACAACGCCCUCUCAAGACAACAGAACCUUUAGAAAAAGUACAUGCUUUGGUGCGCAGUGUAGUCAAGUCUUGGGACAAGGAUAGAUAUAUUUCUCCUGAUAUAGAAGCCGCUACGAGGUUGCUUAAAGAAAAUAAGGUCUGGGAGGCUGUAGAACCUUAUGUGGAAAAAUACAAUUCUGCAGUAGAGCCAUAA